UUAGCCAAUCCCGGCGCAGGAGGGGCGGGGUUUGGCCGAAUGCAGGUGGGAAAACAAAAAACCACCGCGUUUCUCUGGAGCCUCUUCUGAGCGCAGUAAAUCCGAGCAGUUCGCAGCGAGCGAGUGGAAGCGCCGCUCCAGCACGACCUUCCUGCUAUUUGGUGUAAAUCAGUCGCUUCUGGACCAGCUGUCUGUCUCCGGCGCUUCCACAGCACGGACAUUCAGACUGAAAACACCGCUGCGCUCUCGCGCUUCUGCUCGGUCACGGUGCGGCGAGGUUUUAUUGGAUUGUCUCGCAUCGUGGGCAGCUUUUCACACGUCCAGCGGGAGUCGACCACAGUUACGUGAGAACUUUAAAUAGAAGUGAACAUGACCAGUGUCAUCUGUGAGGAAAGCCUCGUGCCGGAGUCCCCGCGCGGUUCUGCCUCGCGCUCAGCAGAGCCGCCGCUCCAGCUCGAUUCCACGCGUUCCGUCUGACCCCCUCCUCUUCUUCCUCCUCUUCCUCCUCGGCGGGAUGAGCGCGGCGGAGCUGGAGCGUGUUUCCCUGCGCUCCGCGGGCGCGACCUCAGCGGGCUCUGCCAGCCGCGCGCUCUCCGCCAACGUGAAGCGUCUGCACGACGCGCUGCACGCGCUGCUGGGUGACACGGAGCGCGAGCAGUUCGUGCACUGCCUGAACGCGUACCACGCGCGGCGUAACGUGUACGACCUGGUGCGCACGCUGCGCGUGAUCCUGGACACGCCGCGCAAGCGGCAGCUGCUGCCCAUGCUGCGCCUGGUCAUCCCGCGCUCCGACCAGAUGCUCUUCGACCAGUACACCUCGGAGGGGCUCUACCUGAAGACGGAGCUGCUCACGAGCGCCGUGGUGGGCCCGGAGGACCCGGGUGUCCCGCCGAGCGAGGCCGGGGAAGCGGAACCCCGUGCGCGAGUCCCGUCGGUGCACUUCGCGUCCGCGCAAGUGCUGCCCGAUUUCAGCACCGCGGCCGAACGGACAGCGCCCGCGCUCCCGGACACGGCACUGAGGCAGGAGGAGCGCGACGAGGUUCGCCAUGUGACCCUGAAGCGCAGCAAGAGCCAUGAGGGUCUGGGCUUCAGCAUCCGCGGAGGGUCCGAGCACGGAGUCGGGAUCUACGUGUCUCUGGUGGAGCCCGGAUCAUCCGCGGAGAGAGAAGGGCUGCGCGUGGGGGACCAGAUCAUCACCGUCAACGACAUGGUGUUCGACCGAGUCACUCACGGAGAAGCAGUCAAGGUGUUGAAAGGCUGUAAGAAGCUCUCUAUGUCCGUCUGUUCGAUGGGUCGGAUCCCCGGGGGCUACGUGACCAAUCAUGUUUACACGUGGGUGGACCCACAAGGCCGCAGCAUCUCCCCGCCCCCAGACCUGGUGGAGCAUGUCAAUGGAGGAGGGCGACUCACAGACAGCCAGCGUCGAGGACACACACACAUGCCACACCAGGGGGCAGAAAGAAGGGUAAACAUUUCCUUGGAUGAUGGGCGUCCGCUGGGUCUGAUGAUUCGUGGGGGAGCAGAAUAUGCCCUAGGCAUCUACAUCACCGGAGUGGACAGGGGCUCAGCUGCAGAGUACGGAGGUUUAAAGGUUGGAGAUCAGAUUCUGGAUGUGAAUGGACGGAGUUUCCGCAGUAUCGCCCAUGAUGAGGCCGUCCAGAUCCUCAAGAUCUCCCGUCACAUGCUGAUGAUCAUAAAGGAUGUGGGGCGGCUCCCACACGCCCGCACUGUGGUAGAUGAGACCAAAUGGAUCCCAAGCCCGAAAAUUGCAGAGAGCUCAGCUGGUGCCACUACCCAGAGUCUAUCAGUAGACAUUGGAGCUGGGAGUUCAGCAAAGCCGGGGUGUUGUAAGGGUGUGGUGGCCCCAGCGCUGGUGGGAGCGCGGAGCUCUCUGGAGGAACAGGCGUAUCUGCUGCUAACCGAGGCUGAAAGACAGACCAUGAGCUACUACAUACAGGAGUACCAGCAUGGUCAUAUCGGAGUGGAGCCUCUUGCCAUGGCCUUGUUUGAGCUAUUCAAUACACACGCCAAGCUCACUCUGCUGGCGGAGGUGCGCACACUUGUCGCUACGCAGGAUCUGGAGCGUUUUGAUGGGCAGGUGCUGCACCGUGAGAUGGAGGCGUGGAGGGCGAGACACGGAGGCCUGGGCCUGCUGCACCCCGACUCCAUCUGCAUCUCUCACCCUGAGAGUCAUGCCCCGUCUGCCUGCCAGCUGACCGCUCCAGCCACAGGCUAUGCUAAGAAUGAAUCCAGGAUAGAUGGAGGUGUUGUGGCAGGACCUGCUGGGGCCCUGAACUCCCUACCAGAUAUAGCUUUGGAUGAGGUGCAGUCUUCGUCGGAGUCACCCCCUAAUUUCAGACCUCCUCCUCCCCCUGCUUCUGGCUCCAUCAGACAUGGUAGUCCAAAGGGCCAGAUUAAACGGCCCUCGUCUAAGCUGUCCCACACCAACCUGCUCUUUUCCACCCCCUGCAGAAUGCACCAGGAAAACCACCCGCAGAACCAUGUACACUCACACACACACUCGCCCUGUUCAGGCCACACCUCCCCAUGCACCAUCCACCACACCUCCUCACCCUGCUCCAUCCACGCCUCUCCUCCCCCCUGCUCCCUCCAUCACUCCUCUCCUUGCUCCGCUCAUCGCAACGCUGGCCCUCCAGUUGGCACCCCAGCUAAAGACCUGGUCCAGUUUCUGAUGAGUCGGCAGGCGGCUGUGCUGUCCCCACACCCGGAGUCCCCCAGCCAGUCUCGGGCCGGCACCCCAACCCCCAGCCUAUCUCCUCGUUCGUCUCCAUCCCUCUCACCCUCGCUGCUGAUGCCUGCGCCACCCCCGUGCAGCCCGGAGAAGCCAGAGACUUCAAGCCCUGCACUCUCUCCUGGCCCCAGCUCUGCCCAGGCCCACAGGCUCAACCUAGAGCCAGAGGCAGCUGAAGAGCGCUCACAACCCCAACUACGAGGCGCCACCCUCUCUCAGCUGUCCGACAGUGGACAGACCCUGAGUGAGGACAGUGGCGUGGACAUUGCGGAGGCAGGGGGGUUAAGUAAGGACAGCAGUCCCAGACCUGGAAAGCCUUCCCCUCAGCAGGCCUCAGGGGACCCACGGGGGGCCGAGGGACCUGCACAGGUUCCUAGUCAGCAGACAGGUGUACCUGAGCCUACACUUGUACGGGUGUCCAAGAGUGCCAAUACGCUGGGAAUCGCAGUGGAAGGAGGUGCAAACACCAGACAGCCUCUGCCACGCAUUGUCACCAUACAGAAGGGUGGCUCAGCACACCUCAGUGGACAGUUGCGGGUGGGGCAGGUGAUCCUGGAGGUGAAUGGUGUGUCCCUCAAAGGCAUGGAGCAUCGAGACGCUGCGCGCCUCAUUGCCGAAGCCUUCAAGACCAAAGAGAAGGAUUACAUCGACUUCUUGAUUACAGACUUCAAUAUUGCCCUAUAGAUGAUGACAAAGAAGCAGAAUAUAGACAUCAGGUGUCUGAGGUCAUGCAUCAUUUGUAGUAACGAUGCACACCCAAAUGAACUCGAUGCUGUCCGACCCUGUGGUAAACAAAAAAGUUCCAAAGCUGAUACGUUCUGUCCUACGUACAUCUCUCCCAUCGUAGGUAUUACUGCAUCCUUUGACCCCAGGAAUAAGUAAUUGAAAUACACUUACAAGCUAAUGCACUUGCACAUUUAACUGACAUCAUAUUGUUGGAUGAAAGUAAGGCUACUAUUACACCAGCUACUCUGAUUGUAGCCUACUGCUGCCAAAGACACUUAACUACCACAGUUGACUAAGCUUGCUGGUUUGCUUGGCAUGUUUCAGUGAGGUAACCGGUUGCAUAUAGCAACAGGGCCUAUUCUAAACAUAUGGGGGCCUGAAGCAGCAUUCCACCCACCCCAGUCAUAUUAUUGUCAUCAACAAGCGAAAGUUACAGUUUUCCUUGAGAGGGGAUCAUGAAAAAUAUUUUUUGUAAUUAUAUGACAAUAUCAUUUGAUAUAUGUAAUUAUUGAGAGUGAUAAAUACAUUCUGAUUAAGCUUAUUUCUGAUUAAGCUUAUUUGUUUAGGGUCAAAUUUAAACAAAUAAAUGUAAUAAUUCACAAUUAACUACACAGAAUAAUGUGAUGAAUCACAAUAAAUCAUUUUAAUUAUCUGACAGCCAUAAAAGUAAUAAUGAACAAGUAAACUGCAUACUCAUCAGGGCCCCCUGGUGCUUAUACCCCUGUGUAACAAUAUUCCUGUUUCAACAACCAAAACCACUAAAAUUCUACAGUGACACAGUGAUACUCAUAAGAAAGAUGUACAUAGGACAAAAUGUGUAGCCUUGGUUCACCACAGGGUGCUACAGGGGCAAUUUCUAAAAUUCAGCUAAGUGAGGCUCGUCCACAUGGUGAACUGAAAAGUAACAACUCAUCCUCAAAGGUUUGUGAGCUGAAGAGACACUGCACUUUAUUGAACUUGAAUGAAUGGAGAUUCAGCUUGAAUGAAGGGAGAUACAGCGAGCCCCAGCUGGAAUCAAAAGCGGUUUACAUCAAAACUGUCCUUCAACUUACCUGAUCACAAAACUUUCCACAUGUCGGAACAGCUUGUUAUACCAACUCUUUAGGGUUGGAGUAAUGACAGUGGAUGUCUUGCGUUCCCUUGCAUCAAUCAACCAGCACUCAUCCCGUGCUGCUUUCCCUCUAGAAGCUGAUGUAUGUCCCACAGGGGGUUCACAUUCCACAUCCAGGCUGCAAGUGUUUAUGGUGCAGGGUAAUGUGAUGGGACAAGUACAGGGUUUUAUGCUGGCUAUUAAAAUCUGUCUCACGGCAGAGCACACACGGCGGCAAACUGAGGGCGCUCAUGACUCCUCUCCACCUCAUGCUCAAGGACGUCCUGGUGCAGACCAGAGAUAGAUUGUGUGAGCAAACGGAAAGUGCUGCAAAUCCACUUUGUCUGAGUGUGAUCACCAAGAAGUCUGAGUGGCUGGUGGACCGCCCUAUGUUUCACUCCCUGUCCCAUCUUUUAAAGAUGGUGAGGAGUUUAUAGCACUUUGGACCACAGCUACUGUCUAAAUGGUCAAAACAAGUCUAAGUUACAGGAAGUCUGUUAGUAAUGCAGAUGGUCACUGUCAUUCAUGUAACUGCAGCAGUUACAAUCUGUUAAAAAUAUAGGAUUCGGAGAAAUUUGUUAAACAAUGUAUACUGUUGCUGGCAUAUCAAAACAUUGUAAUGCUAUUAUUUACACCUGGUGGGUACAUUUCAUGAUGAAAUAGUCCAAAAUUGCUAGGAAUAAAAUGUCUUAAUUGGGCAUAAAAGUUAGGAAGUUGUAUUCAUUCCCCAGUAAAGUUACCUCUUUGUUUAGGUUUUCUUAUGAUGGCACCACCAUUCAGUGCUGUAUAAAAGCCACAGACUAGCCUUCCAUUUAUUCAAUUUUCAGUCAAAACAGUCAUUAAGUACAUUAUUCAUUUUUCAGCGUUGGCAAAAAGCAGGAAAUGUAAACAUAACAGAAAAUUACACAAGACCUCAACAGCUAAACAAGUGGACAAGUAUUUAAUGUGUCCACCCUUUACUUUUUGUGCGCCUACUGCCACUCUUCUGUGCUUUUGGUCUUGAAACCAACCAGGCACAGCUGUAUCCCCCAAACAAAAGCUUUCUAAAGGAGUCACUGAUAUUGUGUUAACCCUCAAAGACACACUAACAGUUCCACAAGCAACCUCCCCAACACACCGUACCUGUCUCACAGAGAUUAGAUCCACUUCAGGAAUGAAGGGAAAGUCAAAGGACCACUAAAUCUGUCCCCACCAGAGAAACAGCAUUUAAAGUUUUCGUCUUUGAGAGAGGGGAGAAAAUCAAGCUCCACUCUUACUUCAGAUCUGAAAAAAUCCAGUCUGAAGGGGUUUGCAGCUGUUAAGAAGCCCUCACUGAUGAAAGGAAACAAAAAGCUGAGAAUUUGAGGUGGACAUCUAAGAUGUGAAGUUAUAUGGACUGAUGAAUUUACACUUGUAUACAGGAUUACUUGGAAUGUAAUAAAUCGAAAUUGCAACUAACUUCUAAGACUGAAAUUUGGAGGGGUGGAAAAAUAUUCCCAAAUUUCUUUAAAAAACUGAAAGCAAGUCUCCUGAAAAGAAUGAAAGCUGUAAUGAAGGUAAAGGGACACACUUAGAGUUAGAGAAAAUAUAUUUAUUUGUUGAGGCCUUUGUGUAAUAUAUGUCUAUAAAUAGGUAAAUAUAUUGCCUGCUGUGCAAAAAUUAUGCAUCAGUUUUUAACUAUUUACCUAAUUUGAAUAUCCCAGUUAUGCUUUGCAUGCUUCAUGAUAAACAAACCAACAGAAAAACCUCCAAAAUUACUCAGGAAAAAAAGUUAAGAAUAUUAUAAUUUUGCAAAGUUAGUGCUUAGAAGACACAAAUUGAUAAUAUAUAUUUAAAAUAUAUAUUAUAUUUUCUACUUUUUUCCUGAAGCUUAAAAAUGAAUAACUACUUGGCGGCUGUUUUGACUGAAUGUAUGUAAAUGAAAUGGCUGUUUCUGACUUCUGCAGUAUUGCAUUGCCCACAAGCAAAAUAACUGUAGAUUGCAAUAGGAAAGAGUAUUGUGUUGUUUUGACAUAGAUUUAAUUUAUUCUGAAGAUGUUUACAUCCCUGCCAAGCUGCAAGUGCCAGAGUUGAGAUUUUUCAAAGAUUCUUUUUUUUUUUUUUUUUUUUUGGACCACAAAGAGGAAAGCUGCAGAAACAGAGGAAUUACACCGAUAAAAAUGAUACAGCGGCAAGUGAAAUUAUCUUAAGUCUAAUCAAUAUGUCUACAAUUUCUCAUGAUAAGAUUAUAUCAUAAAAAUAUUCAACCUCUUUUUACACAAGUUGGACAUGUUAUUUGGAUGGUCCUCUGUAGAUGAUCUACAGACAUCUAAAUCAUUAACAAACUUUCUGGUGAUGUUCCGUUGAUUGUCAACAUUAUGGUUAGGGUUUGAUGUAGAUGUAGGUUUUGCUUUGAAGUUAGGGUUAGAGUUAGAUUUAAUAAAGGCUGAAGUUCAGUUGAAUUUAAUGGAUAUUUAGUUGAAUGUUACAUAAAAGCAUCUACAGUGGAUCAUCCAAGUAUCUAAUCAUCUAAGAUACUAUUGAUACUAUCAAGAAUUAUUUCCUAAAAUAAGCUAAAUCCUCUGCCAGGACUUUUAAGGUGGUGUAAGAUGAUUUUACUGUCCUAGAAAGUACUUUUUGCUGUGUAGAUGAAGCCACAAACAGUUUAUCCACCAGUCUAAAUGAGAUUAACUGGAGAAGAGCAUUAUAAUCAGGGCUGAGCGGAUGGUUCGCAGUUUCAGACUUUCUCAUUUCCCUUCCAUUUCCUCUUGUCCUUUCUCUCUCUAUCGUUUCUAAUCUGUAACAAUGACUUUGUUUCGGGGUAGCCUCAAAGGCUUGCUAUAUCAAAGUGGUGAUGCUCAAAGCAAUGGAGCAAUGAUGGAUCUAUUUUUAGAGUGACCUGUGGUGAGAUGAUAGGAUGAAAGGAUUAUUGAAAAGUUUAUAUAUCAGUAUUUUUGAGAAGAUCAGAUGUGUAACUCAGUCAUAUAUGCUUUUUAUUUUUGUUUGUAUAACUGCAUGUCAUAUCCCUAAAGAAAUAGUCCUAUACAACAUGCAGAGCAUUAUUGUACAUAUGAAUAUAUAAAGCUGUACAUAUCAACUUUAUUUAUCUAUUAUUGUGUUUUUUAUGUAAAUAUGCAGAUAUAUCAUGAUUUCAAUGACUAUCACUUACAUAAAGUUCCUUAUAUGUGUAUGUAAUUGAAACCUUAUCUAAUAGGGUAGGUCUGUCUCAUCUUUCACAGCAGAAUGUCCACUGUGGAAUUCACUCUGUGGUCAUUUGGAUCAGUGUUCAUUCAGCAAUGGAUUUUGCUGUGUUAACACUUUGCAAUCUACACAAUAGAUGACCAUGUUUUGUUUUUUUUUUUUGCAGAUGUCUAAGAGCUAUUAAGGCAGUUUGUGGGAUUGAAAUGGUAUCAUAACUGAUCAGGCUUUAGGAGCAAUGAGUUUAAGUUGAUCUGGCAAAGCAAUAUAGUACUGAGUGCACAAUUAGAGGCUGGUUUAGUAUUUUGCUAUUGUUGCUUGAAAUAUUUAUGAUUCAUGGCACUUUUCAAACAUGAAUUAAAGUUAUUAAAUAAG